CUUACGAUUGUCUCCAUCUAUCUCUGCAAAUUAUGUCUGCUUUAACUUCGACGGCCCUCGCAGCAGCCAUUACCAUGGCUGCCACUAUAUAUGGCGCCCUCCAUGUGCUCCUCCAUGCCACGCAGGAUGCGAGAGAGCCACCACCAGUGCCAGCCUCAAUUCCCUUCAUCAGCUCGAUGAUCGGCCUGUCGAAAAAGAAGAGCAAGUACUACACAGAGCUCAGAGAACGAUACAAUCUACCAAUCUACACAAUCCGUCUGCCAGGAGCCAGACUUUAUGUCAUCAACGCGACGUCACUCAUCCCGUCCGUGCAACGUCAGCACAAAGUCUUAGCAUUCCCGCCCCUGGAGGCCAAGCUUGCUAUGAACGUGUGCGGGUCGAGCAAGACGGCAAACGAUAUUCUGAACACAAACGUCAAUGGCGAUGAGGGAUUCUGGGGGUACUCUGUCACCCACUAUAAAGCGCUACAUCCUGCGCUCUUUCCCGGCCCCGGUCUCGACGCCAUGAACCGGGUCAUGGCACAAAAGGUCAUGGCGUCACUGGACCGGAUACAGACAUCCAAAGUGAUCAAGCUGUUCGACUUCAUCAAGCAAGAGAUCACCCUUGCCACAACCGACUCGGUGUAUGGACCGCAAAAUCCGUUUCAAGAUCCCGCCAUUGUCGACUCAUUCUGGAAAUUUCAGGAGGGCCUCAUGGGCCUCUUGAUGGGCUUCCUUCCCUCGAUACUUGCCCGAGACAGUUUCCAGGCCAGGGAGUUCAUCGCAAAGCGGUUCAUCGGAUAUUUCCAAAACGGCAGUUAUGAGGAGGGCUCUGCACUUAUCAGAGCUCGAUACGAGCACAGUGUGGACCACAAGAUACCCCUCGAGGACAUUGCCAGGUUCGAGACUGCCGGAGCCAUUGCCAUUCUGACGAACACGUCGCCUGCUUGCUUCUGGCUAGUCUACCACCUCUAUUCCGACCAGACGGCACUGGAAGACUGUCGGCAGGAAGUCAGCCGUAUCCUGUCGGAGGAUACGAGCAUGACCAAGGACGGCGAAGUGAGGAAGAUAUUCACGCUCGAUAUGUCUCAGGUAAAGAUGUCUUGUCCCAUGAUGCUUUCGAGCUUACAGGAGGUACUGAGACUCCACUCGGUGGGUAUAUCAACUCGCUUGGUCAUGGAGGAUCAUAUGCUAGACGACAAGUUCUUGCUUAAAAAGGGGGCGACGGUCAUGAUUCCAGCGCCAGUCCAGCACAAGAACACGUCCAUCUGGGGGCAGGACGCUCAGUCAUUCAACCACCGUCGCUUUCUGCCACGGGAAAGGCGGCACAACUCGACGGCAUUCCGUGGGUUUGGCGGAGGAACCACACUGUGUCCUGGGCGUCAUUUUGCAAGCACAGAGAUUCUAGCAUUCACUGCUUUGCUCAUACUGCGCUUUGACAUGCUGCCCGUGGAGGGGAAGUGGAAGCAUUUGACGACUGACAAGGCCGGGCUGUGGGAGGUGACUCCAAUUCCAGACGACGAUAUCGAGGUCCGCCUUAGUCCGAGAGCUGGCUGGGACAAGAGUGUGCAGUGGAACAUCCUCAUCACCGACUCUGACAAGGCGAUGCCGCUUGCGGCGGAAGACGCAGAGUAGACGAGAAGUAGCAAUUUGACUCUGAUUGGGUGAGUUCUGCCUUGCACGAAUGGUGACGCCGUGUCUCUCGUAACGGUAAAGCACCGCUGUAUGUCAAUCAUGGUCGCCAAAUCAAUUAGGGGACCUGAUGUAACGCGUAUUUCUCUCGGAGCACAGGCUGCAACCAAGAAUUGACACGGCAGG